AUGGCGAGGGUGUUUCCGCCCUCGUCGAAGAUAGAUGAUCCCCGAUAUGUUCCUGACAUUCAGCAACGGGUAGCAUUAACGACUACGCGAGCAGCAUUUUCAUCAUUAAAUUUGAAUAACUCAAGGCGUUUUAAUGAGGACGGCGAGGGUGUUUACACCCUCGUCGAAGGCGAGUAUUUUCAAAAUAGUAUGACCGCACAACAUGCUCGGAUUGUAUCGCACUUCCAGGGUAUGGCCAGGCACCGCACGGAUUCUGUUGAGGAUGCUCAAUCGAAGGAGACAGUUAAUCUCUACUUUCAAAAUGUACGCGGACAUCGAACAAAGAUCGAUGAAAUACUGUUAUCUGUCAGUAGCUGUGAAUAUGAUGCUAUUAUGUUAGUCGAAACCAAUCUCACUGACAGCAUCACAUCUGAACAACUUUUUGGUGAUGACUAUAUAGUUUACCGUGCUGAUCGGAGCUUGAUAAACAGUAAAAAAAGAUCUGGCGGUGGAGUACUGAUUGCUGUCCAUUGCAAACACGCUUCAUCAUGCAUUGACAGCGAAGAGGAAUAUGAAACUAUUAUUGUUCGAGUCGCUUUGGUGGAGUUGGACUUGUUUCUGGUUGCAGGAUACAUUCCCCCCGAUGUUUGCAAUAAUGCUGCUUUUGUACAAAACUUUGCAGAGUCUAUUCGCAAACCGUUAGAAUGCGCUAAGAUUGAUGAUAACAUCCUUGUUUGUGGAGAUUUCAAUCAAGCAACUAUCGCAUGGAAAAUGACUGAAGCCUGUGCUGUGGUAACAAACCAAGACGGUGUCAGUAGUGCUAGUGCUGCUUUACUAGAUUGCAUGGCAACGAUGAACUUGCAUCAGUAUAAUAUUAUCAGCAAUCCUCGGGGAAAUAUUCUCGAUCUCGCUUUCUGUAACUUGGAGCAGUGUACCGUUGUUGAAGCAGCUGUUCCUCUCGUCAAAAUAGAUGCCCCGCACCCACCGCUUGAUAUAACCCUAAAAGGUAUAAGUGGCAUUCCGUUAUGCUCGUAUGACGAUACACCUCGAUUAGAUUUUAAGCGCAUUGAUUUCAAUGCCUUGAAAGUUUUUCUAGCUGCAUACAACUGGAGCAGUGUGUUUAGUAGGGCUGAUGUCGACGAUGCCGUAUCGAGGUUUGUUGAGGUGCUACUGCAAUGGUUGAAUUCAAAUGUUCCUGUCCAGCGAAAACCAAGAAAACCGCCGUGGGAGAAUCGUUCUUUGCAAGUACUAAAGCGGGAAAUGAAAGCAUGCCAGCGUCACUAUCGCAAAACUCGAACCCCGCUUUCUAGAUGCAGUUUUAAGCAAGCAAGUCAACUGUACCGUAGAUUGAAUACUCGCUUAUAUAAACAGUACGUUACUAACACGCAAAUCAAUCUGCGGCGAAACCCAAAGAGUUUUUGGCAGUUUGUUAGAACAAAGCGAAGGAAUAAUAAUGGAAUCCCAGCGAAAGUUUUUCUAGAUGAUAAAUCCACUAUGGACCCAUUGAUCAAAUGUGAAUUGUUUGCUGAUCAUUUUUCUACUGUUUUCAACACAACUACUGCUACUGCUGAUGAAGCUGCACUCGCCGCUUCCGAUAUCCCAAUAAACAUGAUUUCGGCUGACGUUCCUGAGAUAACCGAGGAAGCGCUUCUAAAGGCGGCGAAAAGGUUGAAAACCUCCAAUGCUCCAGGACCUGAUGAUUGCAACAUGGACCAAUGCAUGUUACUUACCAAAAAGCAACUGAAGCUGAUAGAUGAAACCUCGUUCGACAUAGAUUCUACAAUCAUCAUCAUCAUCAUCAUCAUCAAACAGUUCGCGAGGAAUCGAUGA